AUGUCUCUCGCUCUUUUCCAAAAUUGCUUCUACAUUGGCAACAACUUCAACGCCAUCCUUUAUGGCGUUGUACUCGUGCUGUAUUACUUCACCAUUAGUGCCGUGCUCGACGAGAAACGCAAGAAGUCAAAGACGGACAAGUUCUUCUUAGCGUACAGUACAGUCCUCCUGUGUUGCAACACUAUUUUCGUCGCCACCGAGGCUGUCUUCGGCGAAGAGAUGUGGGUCGUGAACGCGGACUACCCCGGUGGCAUGGACGCCUACCUCGGUGACUUCGCGAGUGUCUGGUACCAAACGCUCGGCACCGCUGCCACGCUAUUCCAGAACUACCUCAGUGAUGCUCUCCUUUUAUACCGCUGCUAUGUCAUCUGGCGGGACUUCCGCGUCCUCAUCGUUCCCUCCAUGCUCUACAUAGGCUCGAUCGUCGCCGGAAUCGCAAACCUAGCUGAAUCCGCGCGCCCAGGCGCGUUCUACUUCUCAGGUCUCGCGCAGCAGUUCGGGACCGCGUACACGUCCUGCAUCGUCGCGCUCAACAUCCUCCUCUCCCUGCUCAUAUGCGGGCGGAUCCUGUUCUCGAUGCGCCGGCUCGGCGUCACGCUCGGGGACGACAUGAUGCAGCAGUACGCCGGCGCGGCGGCGAUCGUCGUCGAGAGCGCGGCGCUCUACACCGUGUUCGGGAUUGCGUACCUGAUCUCGUUCGCGAUCGAGAGCGAUACGAGCAUCCUGUUCCUGUCGCUACAUGUCAUGUUCUGUUGCAUUUCGCCGCUUUUGAUCGUUCUCAGGGUCAUGUCGGGGCGCGCGUGGUCAAAGGAGAGGGCGUCGGAGUUCACGUCAGUUAUUGUGUUCAGCGGAGAAACAGGGGCCUCUGCAUCGACGCAAAUCGGUAUGGGAAGCCACCCGAAACACUCGGAUCUCAGUUUGAGGAAGUCAGACUCAAGCGUUUGA